ACAUCAGGUACCAUUACAAGAAAAACAAAUUGUUGUAGAGUAAAAUAGUUAAGAAAUUUUAUAUUAUUCUAUAAUGGAAUCUGAAGAGCAUAAAACGGCAGGAAAAACCGGUCCAAUUAUUAAGACCGCCACAGAUUUGCAAAGAUUGAAGCUGGAAAAAUUAAUGAUGAAUCCGAACAAACCAGUUAUACUGCCCGCGUCUCACAAAGAAAAGGAUUAUAAUCAAACUGUACCGAAUUUUGUGCGUAAUGUCAUGGGUUCUAGUGCUGGUGCGGGCUCUGGCGAAUUUCAUGUUUAUCGUCAUUUGCGAAGGAAAGAAUAUUCUCGACAAAAGAAUAUACAGGCAAUGAGUAUUAAAGAGCAGCAAGACCUCGAUUUCCAAACAAAACUUGAAGAAAAUAGGCGGAUAGCAGAGGAAAAGACUGCAAAAAAAAGAUUGAAACGCUUGAAAAAGAAAGAACGAAUAAAAAAAAAUCGUAAUGUAAAGAAGAACUCUGAAGAUGAAAAUGUUCAAGAUGAGGACAACUAAAUUAAAUUAUUAAAUAUUAUCAAGA